AUGAAGAUUGAAACUCUUCGCGAGAUAUCCUCGCACAACCUGCGAACCUUCCAAAAUCACUAUGUUUCCGAGAUCUCCGGUUCGCUUGGCGAUCUGGGAACCUUUCUUCCCAUCGCCAUCGCCCUUGCUGUCAACGGGACCGUCUCGCUGUCCAGUACGUUAAUAUUCUCAGGCAUCUUCAACAUCCUGACCGGUCUGUUCUUCGGGAUCCCACUGCCCGUGCAGCCGAUGAAAGCCAUUGCCGCGGUAGCCAUCGCCCGAUCCUUCAGCAACGGGACCAUCGCUGCGGCCGGGAUUUUCGUAGGCGCAUGCAUCCUGAUCUUCAGUGUGACGGGUCUACUUCACUGGUUUGCCAAUGUGAUUCCCAUCCCGGUCAUCAAGGGCAUCCAGGUCGGCGCGGGAUUGUCCCUGGUCAUCGCCGCGGCGGGGAAGACCCUCGCGCCGCUGGGGUGGCUCCAGCCUUCAUGGGCGGAUAACCGUCUGUGGGCCAUUGCGGGGUUUAUCUUUCUGCUAUUCACGAACUUCUAUCGCAGUGUGCCGUAUGCGCUGAUCGUGUUCACCCUGGGAUUGGCGUUUGCGCUUGUCCAGUCGACGUUGGCGGCCAGCCUGCCGUCGCUGGAGAUUUGGCGGCCGUUUGUGGUGAUUCCCGGGAUGUCGGAGUGGAAGGUUGGCGCGUUGGAUGCCGGAGUUGGGCAGAUCCCGCUGACGACGCUCAACUCGAUUGUGGCGGUUGUGCAUCUGGCGGGCGAUCUUUUGCCACAGGUGAAGACGCCGUCCAUCACGGCCAUCGGGCUGAGUGUGGCUGGGAUGAAUCUCGUUGGGUGCUGGUUCGGGGCGAUGCCGGUCUGCCAUGGCUCUGGUGGGUUAGCGGCGCAGUACCGAUUCGGGGCGCGUUCUGGCUCGAGUGUCAUUUUCCUGGGAGGGUUGAAACUGGUGAUUGGCGUAUUCUUCGGGGAGACUCUCGUUGGGCUGCUAAAGCGGUUUCCUUCCGCGCUGCUUGGCGUAAUGGUCAUCGCAGCCGGUCUGGAGCUGGUCAGUGUCGGCGAGAGUCUCAACACCACUGGAGCCAGAGAUAUCGCCGGGAUUGGGCAAGGACUUACAGGCGAUAGCGAGCACGAAAUCGGGCCCAUGCUCAGUGAUGUCGAGCGGAAGAGGCGGUGGACAGUCAUGAUGGUUACUGUGGGCUUGCUCGUGGGGUUCAAGAAUGAUGCCAUCGGCUUCGUGGCGGGCAUGCUUUGCCACUGGGUGUUUCAGCUGCCCUGGGCGUUUGAGAGAGCACGAGCGAGAUGGAGCGAGGGAAGGAUCAGGGUAUAG